AUGGAUUUAUCGCUAACACCAGUAUUAUAAUAUGUAUCAAUAAUAUUUUUAGAAUACAUGAAAAAAACAAUAAUAUAACACAAAGACGAUGAAAUAUAUGGAUAUACCUAUUUUUCAUAAAAUCCAAAUGAAGAACAAAAAAAAUAUGGAUCUUUUAUUUUAUAAACAAUGUAGGAAUGUUUAUUUGUUUGGACAUCUUGGUUUCAUAAGAAUAGUAAUUAAACAAAAACGAAAUUUUUUUUAGCUUACUAGGAUUGUUUAAAUUCUGGAGUAUUGUUUCCCGAUUUUGAAAGUUUUACUUAAUUUCAAUAAAAAGAUAUUCUAAAUCACGAUGGAAAAGAUGGAAUUAACUUAUUAAUAUAUAUGGAAGAGUUAAUAGACAUGUAGUUAUAAUUAAAUUAAAGUAAAGAGUAUCUGUAAUAAGUUAUUGAAUUAUAAGAAUCAUAAUUAGAUUAAGAAAAUUUUAAAAAAUGUCAUGUUUUUUAUUCUGAAUAUGAAAAAACUGUAUAAGCAAUUAAUUUCGAUAGCCUUUUUUAAGAAGAUAAAUAGGCUUUUUAAAAUGAUUAUGAAUUUGUUAAAAAAGGUUUAGCAUUAAUGGAAGAAUUUUCACAAAAGAAAAUAAAAUAUACAGAUUUUUGUUAAAAAAUAGGAAAUCUUUUAAAAGGAUAAAAUUCUUUUAUUAAAAGUUAGAAUGAUUUAUUAAAGAGUAAUUUAGAAAAAAAGGUAAAAAUAAAUAAAAUUUGGAAUAAGAAUAAUUAGAAAAUUAAAAAAUGAAAAUAAAAUAAAUUUAUAAAAAUUAUAAGAAGAAAUUUAAAAUUUGAAUAAAGAAAAAGAAAUAUUGGAAAAAAAUUAAGAAAUAGAAAAAUAAAAUUUAUUAAAACAAAAAUAAAAUGUUUAAAUAGAAAAAGAUAAUUUAAUAAAGGAAAAAGAAAAUUUAUUAAAACAAUAAUAAGAAACUAAUUCUAAAUAUGAAAAUUUAUAAAAACAACAUGAAAAUUUAUAACAUUAAUUAAAUGAAACACUUAAAAAAUAAGAAAAAAAUAAUAAUUUAUAGUCAUCAAAUAUAUUAUAAAAAGAACUUUAAAUAUAAUAAGAAAAAAGUAAUGAAAAACUUAAUUAAAUUUAAUAAGAAAACGAAAAAUUAAAAUAACAAAUUUUAAAUUAUAAAAAAGAAUCCGAAAAUUAAAAAAAGGAACUUGAAAAUUAAAAAAAGAAAUUGAAAAUUAAAAAAAGGAAAUUGAAAAUUCCAAAAAAGAUGAAAAUUUAAAAAAAAUACUGAAUAAAUGUAAUAAAGAGAAGAAAUUUUAAAAAAGAAAUUGAAAAUUUAAAAAAAACAAUGAAAAAAUAUAAAAAGACACUGAUUUUUAGAAAAAAAAAUUGAGGAAAUUUCUUAAGAAAAAGAUUUUUUAUAAAAAGACCUUGAAAAUUAUAAAAAAAAUACUGAAUUUAUAUAAAAAAAAGAACUCGAAAAUAAAUAAAAAGAACUCGAAAAUAAAUAAAAGGAAUUCGAAAAUAAAUAAAAGGAAUUCGAAAACAAAUAAAAGGAACUCGAAAAUAAAUAAAAGGAACUCGAUAAUAAAUAAAAGGAACUCGAAAUCUAAAAAAUUGAAAACGAAAACUAAAAAAUCGAAAACGAAAAUAAAAAAAAAGAAAUUGAAAUUUAAAAAUAAACAAUGGAUGAUUUUUUAAAAAAAAACCUUGAAAAUAAUACAAAUGAAAAAUAAAAUUUUUAAAAUCUUUAAAAUGAAAUUUUACAAAAUGAAAAAAAUUAAGAAAAUAUUAUUCUAAAUCAAAAAAUAGAAAAUUUAAAUUAAAAAAUAGAAAAUUUAAAUUAAAAAAAUAAAAAUUUAAUAGAAUUCAAUAAAAGUUUAAACGAAAAAAUAGAAAAUUUAAAUAAAUCAUAUAAUUAAGAACUUCAAAAGAACAAACAAUUGGAAUUAGAAAUAUUCGAAAAAAACAAAAUUGAUGAAAAUAAAAAUUUAUAAUAAAAAAAAAUAUCCGAUUUAGAAAAUAUAGAUAAAAUAUAAGAAAAUCAUCAUAACAUUCUUGAAAAUUCACAAGAUCUUCAAUAAAUAACAAAACUACAAGAAGAAAACACUGCCUUAAAAUCAAAAAUCUUAAAACUGGAAAAAAAACUCCAAAAUUAUAAAUAAAAAGACCUCUUAUAAGAAUAAAAUAUUCAAUAAUUUUAAGAAAAUCUCGAAAGUUAACAAAAAAUAAUACUCGAUCAACAAAAUAAGAUUCAAAAUAUCUAAAAUAGCCAAAACUAGUAAUAAAUACUUGAAAAUUUACAAAAAACAAUCGAAAAUACUCACUCAUUAGACCAAAAGCUAAACAAAAUAAUAGAAAAGAAAAAAGAAAAAGAGAGUUAUUUUUUUUCCCAAUAUAAAAAAAACGAAGAAAAUAAUUUCGUUUCAUAAUUUUAAUCGCCUUUAAAAAGUGAUAAAAAAUCGAAACUUUCUUAAAUUUUAAAAAAUUCAUAAAAAAAUAGUUUUUAUGAAUAAAAUCCUUUAAAAUACAUUUUUUUACCUAGAAAAUAUGAAUAAAUAGAUAAUAUAUAAAACAAUAUACAAACUAACAAAAAAAAAAAUGAAGAAAAAUUAAAUAAAGAACUUCUUUUUCCUUUUAAUUCACCAAAAUAAUACUAUGAUGAAAAAAAAAAACUCAAAAAUAAAUCAUAUUAAGAAAAAAAAAACUCAAAAAAAAUAUUUUUUUAAAAAAAAUACUUCCAAUAACUUAAUUUGUUUGAUAAAAAUUCAUUUAAAAUAUCCAAUUUGAAAUUCCAAACAAUUUUAGAAUAAACCGAGUUCCUUUAAAUUUCAUAAAUUACAUAUUUUGAUGUUAUACCUUCUUCUUAAAAAUGCAUUAUUAAAAUAGGAUUAUAUAUAAAUCCUGAAAACUCCAUUUUUUUAUAAUAAAAUGAUAACUGUUUAAACGCACAAAUACAUAUAGAAAAUCUCCUUGAAAUUUCAUCUAUAUAAAUCUGGAAAGAGCCUGAAAAUACAGACUCUUUUUAAAUCUAAAAAGGCUAAAAUUAACAUAUAUUUUCCUUUACAAUUUCCAUAAAUGAAAUUCCUUUCUAAAUACCAUUUAUUACUUUAAACAUAACUGAUACAGCCUUGUAAAUGUAUUUCCCUUUGCCUUGUUUAUUAACCAAAUUUGUGGAAAUGGAAAAUGUUUAAAAUGAAUAUUUUUUUAAAGAAUUAUGGUAUGAAUUUUCUAAAAAUAAUCACUUUUUACUUAAAACAAAUACUUAUGAGUUAAAUUUAAGUGUUUGUGAAAAUCCGGAUUAAAUGAUAGAAUAUUUCCCUUUAUUAAUUCAUUUAAAUAAACUUAAAGCUAGAAAUUAUGAAUCAAAUAUAGGAGAUUUUAAAUUGGGAGGAAAAAUAUAUUUAAGGCAGUUUAGUGUUGAAAUGUUAAUUAAAAUUGUAUUUAAACCAGAAAAAUAAAUUGAAUUUUAAAUAGCAUCUAAAAAUGAAUAUAUAGCAGAUUAUUUUACAUAGAAUUUAAUAUAUUUAUUUACGAAUUAAUGA